AGCGGUUUAACCAUAACGGUCGGCACGUUUGUUCAUAGUCGUGUUUUCUACACUCACUAGGCAGAGUACGCAAAUACAUAUUGUCCGCUCAACCAUUGCCCCCCGACAUGCAGGAACUUGCGCUGUCACUCUCAAGGACCACGUUGUUAGUCCCAUAGACGUCUAUUUCAGUGACAGAUUGGCGAUCCAUACCCAAGCCAAAGGAAUAUCCGAGCCAUUUUUGUGGAAUUUCACCACAGCCACCCGUAAUAUUUACCUGGAUGAUUUUUACCUGUAUCUGUGAUUAUCUUCAGAAGCCUUACAUGUUGUGAUUUACCCAUGUUGUGUGCCUUUAACUUGUAGGCCUAAUGAUAUAGUUGGAGAUGUGAUAGGCCUAUAAAUUUCGGUAGUACAUAUGCAGCCUUUAAUCGAGCCAACACAAUGAAUUGUGACAUUUCUGAUGUAAAAUGCUUUUUACUGCCUUACAACUUUACCAGUCAUGUGUGCUUUUUUACCUAUAGGUAAGUUUAAGCACCAUCCAUAAUUCCCGUAUACUCAGUUACUAUGGCAACCGGGUUGCCCCCUACCGGCCUGAACCGACGGCGGUUCGUGCCGAAAAUGACAGGAGGCAAACGUGGGCCUUCUGAACCGAUUGCGACAACCAGCGACGAGGAGGAAACGUGCGACAGCUGGAAAGAUGGGCAGACGGAAGGACCCCCUGAAGCCCGGAAGUGCAUAGAUAGUCCCUUACAGAGCCCCGUGAGUCCGGUGGGGUCAGUAGACUACGAAAACGUGAGUUCCCCGGGGGACAGCAGCACGGCUAGUGGACCCGUGUAUGUGCGACAGCCCGGUUUUACGCAUCACGCCCACGAGGUGACCAAACCGAAAUCGAAGAAAAAGAAAACUCUAACAGUGACGGACAGAUUAAGUACAAGGACACCCGAGCAGGAAUUAGCUCCCAAAGCCAGGCCUAAGAAAGAUCCUUUGCCGAUGCGAUUAAGAGCUCUCCCACAAUCCUUCUGGCAACAGCCAAACACGCCCAAUUAUAUCUCCCCAGCAACAUGUUUCGCCACUCUUCCACCACUGAAGAUCCGAGACUCAGACGAGGAUGUCACAGAUGUUCGACCAAUCACACCUCCUGAGGAUCGAGAGACAUGCAAAAAGGUUCCGUCUCGACCAAGUCAGUGUCGAGAACGGAAAAUCACUGUGGCCGACACAGAUCAGCUCUUCAGGCUGUUUGAUGUGAUUGAAAACAAGACGUCGCGCAAAUCCGUCAGCCAAGGCAACUUCAAACGAGGAAGACCCAGAAAAGUAUUCCUAGGCAAGAGCACAAAGCAAGGUUUAUUGUCUGGGAAUGACCCUCAUUUGGCCGACGCUGUCACAGAAAAAAUGUUUCCCAACCUAAGUUUAGAACAUCGGCAACAGAUGGGAUGUUCCGGCCAGUCGUCACUGCACAUGAUCACCUUAGAAACGGGGGACAAACCCAUUUCAUUGCCGUCGCUGAGUAUUGAGCAGAAUUAUUCACAGAUGUUAUCUGAACUUGUUAUGCAUAUUUGAUGAGAUGCUUUCUUUGUUAUGGCAGACCAGAGCAUUGUAGUGGUGUUGUUAUUGUUGGUGAUAUUGACAUGUUAUGAA